UGCAUGCAAAUGUACAUAACAAGGAUGCUGCAUUGUAUUUCUCCUAACCGACACUUGCUACAAUAUCGUCACCGUUUUCAUCAUAUUCAUAUACUAAAUAUGACAUAUUUAUGUAUCAACAUCCUUUCUCCCAACAUACAUCAUCUUAUUUGUUUGCUUACUGCUUAGCACAAACAUAACUAUUUUCCCAGUACUGUCAAACAUCAAAUGAAAAACGUUCUUUAAUCCCACCCUAGAUUUGUCCAUGUAUCCACAUUGUACAUAUACAGAUUGUGUACGAAGUCAAUAUAGUGGAAAUAUUUUUAUCGCAUUAUUCCAUUCAUACAAUCCUUAUCCUUAGUUCAACAAAGGAUGUAAACCUUGUCAAAAUAUUGUCACAAAAACACAUACUUAUAAAUAUUUCGCAUAUUUCGUAACUUAUUUCAUGAAAGUUCGCAAAAACACUUGGACCACUUUGCACGAUGGAGUCAUUAAUUACCCCACGUUACAAUGACGACCGUAUCCUCGCCGCCCCGGCCAGAUUGGUGGAUCACCUCCCCUCUAAACUUCACCGCCUCCGCCCCUUCUCCAUCCUCCUGGGUAGUGGUCACUUCGGGAAAGUUUUCCUCGUCCGUGACCCCACCGAUAGGAAACAGUAUGCAUUAAAAUGCAUCCCAAUCCCGAACGGGAGAAGGGCCCAAGUUGUGCAUGAGGUUGACAUCUUGUUGAAAUUGGAACACGUCAACAUCGUCAAGAUUCAUGGCGCCUGGCCUGACACGAUCGAAGACAAGGGAUACUACGAUCACUUUGUCUGCAAAGGGGACGACACGUCAUCCUCCAUCACAACCACGACCAUGUCAAGCCAAACCAGCUCGGAAAGUUUCCGUGAUGAAAUUUUCUCCAGAAAUCAGUACAGCAACAAGGAGAUCAUGUUCAUCAAGAUGGAAUUCUGUGAAGGUGGAACGCUCCAGGAUUACUUGGACAAUCGGAGUAGCGUUGUCAUGACAACCGUUCAAAUAAUUUUCACCCAGCUCCUCACAGUUCUGGAAUAUUUGAAGAAAUCAAGCAUAGUUCAUAACGACAUUCGCCCAGCAAACGUCCUCUUUCAAGAUGGGCUGCUAAAGUUGGCGGAUUUUGGUCUGGGUGCGUUACGGGGGGACGACUUGGACGGAAAUAGACUUGACUUUUCCAUGGAAAAUGUGAAAGGUUUAAUUAAGACGAGAUGCAGUCCAUAUAAAAGUCCAGAAACCGUAUUUUUUGGUCAUACCGCCUCCACCAAUAAAUCUGACCUUUAUUCCGUCGGGGUAAUCAUGUUUAGGCUGCUUUGUACAAAUCAGGAUAAAGGAAAUGUCUGGGAUUUGUUCGAUAGUGAGAAAGUGGUCGAACUUAUGACCAAAUUGAGGGGAAAAUGGGAGGAAGAUUUUGUAAACCUGGUGGAAAAAAUGGUUGCAUUUUCACCAAUUGAUAGGCCUGAAGUGGGGUCGGAAUUGUUUGCCAAGUUCAUUCCCAGGGGGAUACAAGAUCGAGAAGAUGGGAACGAGAUGGAGCUGUGUUUCGUGACCAGGUCGGAAUGGGGGGCACGUCCACCGAAAGUACCCCUGGAUCCGUUACCCCUUCCGGUGGGGAUGGUCAUCAUAAUCCACUCCUCCCGUGGAGAGGGAUACUGCUCCGAUGAUUCAGCGUGUGAAGGAGUGAUGAGAGAAAUUCAAGAUUUGCAUAUGGAUUCUAACAAGUGGGAUGAUAUUGGGUACCAAUUUGUGGUGGGUGGAAAUGGACGGAUAUAUGAGGGGCGUGGCUGGACGAAAGCUGGGGCACAUACUCUUCACUACAACAAAAUCAGUCUCGGGAUUUGUUUAAUGGGGGAUUUUCGAUUGCAUCUUCCUCCGAAAAUUCAGAUGGAUGCGACGCAAAGAUUAAUUCAGUACGGGGUUGAUCAUGGCCAUAUUAGCGAGUCAUAUGAACUUUACGGUCACCGAGAUGUCCGCAAAGGAUUCGACAGUCCGGGAGAAUAUUUGUAUCAUGAAAUUUGCACCUGGCCACAUAAAGCGGAGCCGAAAGUUUUGCAAUAAACUGAACAAAAAACUUUUUAUGACAAUGAAUGCGUAAUUUAUGUAUUAGGAAAUAUUUUUUAACAGUGUUUUGAAUUAAAUACAUUUAUAUUCAAGUUAAA